CAAUGUUUGGUGUUAAAGAUUUCGUAGGAAAACCAGCACCACCUAAUUAUGUUGCAGGUUUAGGCCGUGGUGCUACAGGCUUCACAACACGAUCGGAUAUCGGUCCCGCCAGAGAAUCAGGAGGAGAAGCUGAUCCAGCCAAAACAGUGGCUAAAGAGGGUGACGAUGAAGAAGAAAGAUAUCAAGAUCCGGACAAUGAGGUUGGAUUAUUUUCGUCUGCACCAUACGAAGAAGACGAUGAAGAAGCCGAUCGCGUGUGGGACAUGAUUGAUGCCAAAAUGGACGAACGUCGUAAAGCCCGUCGUGAAGCCCGUGAACGAGAAGAAUUAGCCCGUUAUAGAUUGGAGCGACCCAAGAUCUCUCAACAAUUUGCUGAUUUAAAGCGUCAAUUAUCUUCCAUUGACGAUGCCGAAUGGGCCGCCAUUCCUGAAGUCGGUGACCUCGUUGGCAAAAACCGUCGUCGUAAUAAAGCCCCCGAGCGAUUUACCCCUAUGCCAGAUUCAAUUAUUGCCGCAGCAAGGGAUAAAUCUCAAUACGAAACCGCAUUAGACGCUACUGAACAGAAAUUAGGUGGCAUCGUAUCUUCCGCUGCUGCCAGUAGUAAUGAUAUGAUGACCAAUUUCAGAGAAAUCGGUCAAGCAAGAGAUAAAGUGUUGGGCCUCAAAUUGGAUCAAGUGUCAGAUUCGGUUUCUGGAAAAACCACUAUUGAUCCCAAGGGAUAUUUAACCGAUUUAAACAGUGUCGUUGUCAAGAGUGAUGCCGAAAUCGGUGAUUUGAAAAAGGCCAGAUUAUUACUCAAUUCAGUCAUUACCACCAACCCUAAACAUGCACCAGGUUGGAUCGCUGCUGCUCGCCUGGAAGAAGUAGCGGGAAGAAUCGUACACGCUAGAAAUAUCAUUGCAAAGGGUUGUGAACAAUGUCCCAAGAGCGAGGAUGUUUGGUUAGAAUCUGCCAGAUUAAACACUACAGAUAACGCAAAGAUCAUUUUGGGUGACGCUGUGCGUCAUUUGCCCCAAUCUGUCAAAAUCUGGUUGAAAGCAGUUUCGCUCGAAUCAGACAACAAGGCCAAAAAGAAGGUAUUGCGUCGUGCCCUUGAAUUCAUUCCAAACUCUGUCAGUUUAUGGCGUGCUGCUAUUAAUUUAGAGGAAAAUCCCGAGGAUGCCAAAGUCUUAUUGUCUCGUGCCGUCGAAUUGGUGCCACUCAGUGUUGAUCUUUGGCUUGCAUUGGCUCGUUUAGAAACCUACAAGAAUGCACAAACUGUCUUAAAUAAAGCCCGUGCUGCCAUCCCCUCCAGUCAUGAAAUUUGGAUUGCCGCUGCCAGAUUGCAAGAAGAACAUGGUAAACCUGAAAUGGUGGAUAAGAUCAUCACAUUGGCCGCAAAAGCCCUGUCACAAUCGGGUGCUUUAUUGGAUCGUGAACAGUGGAUCGAAGAAGCCGAAAAGUGCGAAAAGAAUGGAUCUGUCUUGACUUGCCAAGCCAUUGUGCGUGCUACCAUUGGUAUGGGUAUUGAAGAAGAGGAUCGCAAAUCCACAUGGAUGGAGGAUGCAGAAAGCUGUAUUGCUCAUGGGGCUAUUGAAACUGCGCGUGCCAUUUAUGCUCAUGCACUAAAAGAGUUUCCCGGCAAAGCAUCUAUUUGGCAGCAAGCUGCUUAUCUCGAAAAAUCACACGGCACACCGGCGAGUGUGGAGGAAUUAUUACAACGUGCUGUCAAAUACUGUCCUCAAGCUGAAGUGCUUUGGUUGAUGGGAGCCAAAGAAAAAUGGUUGGCAGGGGAUGUCGAAAGUGCACGUACAAUUUUGGAAGAAGCAUUCCGUGCUAACCCCAACAGUGAACAAAUUUGGUUGGCCGCUGUUAAGGUCGAAAGUGAAAAUGACGAAUAUGACCGUGCCCGUAAAUUGUUGGAAUUGGCAAGAAAGGAAUCAGGCACAGAGCGUGUGUGGAUGAAAUCCGUCAUGUUGGAAAGACAGAUGCAUAACUACGAGGCGUGCAAUACCUUGUUGGACGAGGCAUUACAAAAGUUUCCUACAUUUGAUAAGCUCUGGAUGAUCAAGGGCCAGAUCGAAGAUUCUUUGGGUAAUUCUCCCAGAGCGCGUGAAAUUUAUAACCAAGCUGUCAAGAGCUGUCCUAAGAGUGUGACUCUUUGGAUUCUGUUGGCUUUAUUAGAAGAGAAACUGGGAAUGGUCACAAAGGCUCGUGCCUCUCUAGAAAAAGCCCGUUUCAUCAAUCCUAAGAGUCCAGAACUUUGGGUACAGGCUAUUCGUAUAGAAAAACGUAAUAAUAACAUAAGUGUGGCCAAGUCAUUGGCUUCUAAAGCUUUGCAAGAAUGCCCUACUUCAGGCGUAAUUUGGACCGAAGUAAUCUUUAUGGAGGCAAGACCUCAAAGAAAGGCGCGUGGUGUGGAUGCUUUAAAGAAGUGUGAACAUGAUCCAGUCGUCAUCACAGCGGUUGCGCGAUUAUUCUGGGCUGACCGUAAAAUUGAAAAGGCAAGAAACUGGUUCCAAAAGGCGAUACAGAACGACUCGGAUCAUGGCGAUUCAUUUGCCUGGUGGUAUAAAUUCGAAUUACAGCACGGCACAAAGGAGCAACAGGACCUUGUCGUGAAACGAUGUGUGAUGGCAGAACCUCGUCAUGGUGAAUAUUGGCAAGCGGUUGCAAAAGAUGUAUCUAAUGUGGGUAAAAAGACCGAGGAAAUCUUGAAACUUUGUGCUGCUACAUUGCAACAAGAAAAAUAAUGUAAAAAAAUAAAGUAACCAAAACUGUGCAUAUUUCAUUGGUAGAUCUUCAUGUAACAUUGGAUGGUGAUACAACCUUUUUAUUAUUAUUUCUGAAUGAUAAGUUUAUUUUUGGC